AUGGCAUUGGGAUCAGCCUCGGACUCCUUUGAAAAUGUAUUUAUAAAGGAUAAGCAUAUAAACUUUAUCAUUGAACAAGAAUCGAAUCGAUCGUAUGAGUACUGGCUAAGCGAACAUCUACGAAUGAAUGGACUAUACUGGGGAGUAACUGCAUUGAUUACAAUGAAGAGCCUCAAUGACAAAACACUAGCUCAAAAGGAUGUCAUAGAUUAUAUACUUAGCUGUUGGGACGAAAAAUCAGGGGCGUUUGGGGCAUUUCCUAAACAUGAUGCUCAUAUUCUAUCUACAUUAUCAGCAUUGCAAAUCUUGAAAAUAUACAAUAAUGAUCUUAGUAUGCUUACAAGUGAACAAAAGGCCAAAUUAACCAAAUUUAUAAAGGGGCUUCAAUUGCCAAAUGGGAGUUUUCAGGGAGACAGUUUCGGUGAAGUAGACACAAGAUUCACGUAUACCGCAAUAUCUGCAUUAGCAUUGCUUGAUGAAUUAACACCAAGUAUCUGUAAAUCUGCAUCGGAAUUUGUAAUGAAGUGCUAUAAUUUCGAUGGUGGCUUUGGGUUAGUUCCCGGGUCAGAAUCUCAUGCGGCACAGGCAUUCGUCUGUGUUGGAGCACUUGCAAUAAUGGAAAAGUUGAACUUGCUAGAAGACGUUAAAGUAUCCAGCUGGUUGAGUGAAAGACAGGUAUUACCUUCAGGAGGUUUUAAUGGAAGACCCGAAAAGUUGCCCGAUGUGUGUUACAGUUGGUGGGUUUUGUCUACAUUGUCUAUAUUGCAGAAGAAGCAUUGGGUUGAUUUGAGUAAAUUGGAAACGUUUAUAUUAAGUUGUCAAGAUUAUGAGAAAGGCGGGAUUAGUGAUCGUCCAGAUAAUCAAACAGAUAUUUACCAUACUUGUUUUGGAAUUUGUGGGUUGAGCUUAAUUGAUUAUGAGAAAUAUGGGUUUGAGGAGAUAGAUCCAGUAUAUUGCAUGCCAACGAGAGUCACAAAGAAGUUUACUAAAUGGAAGAAUACCAACCAGGAGCAAACAAAGUGA